GCCCCGCGCAGCUGUCAUGGCCGCUUCCACGAGCGGGUGAGCCCACAUGGUGCACUAGCACGGUGAGCAUCUGUAUGCUCUCUGUCGCCCCUGGGCUUCUGCGACUUUGCACGCUGCUGGGAGACGGAUACGGCCGGAGGAGCUGACGGGGAUGUGGAGCCCGGAGCCGGCUGUGCUGAGGGGCUUCGCCGCCGAGGCGGAGCGGCAGCAGUGGAAGCAGGAGGGGCCGUGCGGCGCAGAUACUGGAUCAUUCCUACAGUUGCUCUUGGAAGGGAGCUAUGAGGCUAUGUUCUUACAUUCAGUGACACAUCGUAUUUUCAGUUCAACAACGAUGGCUGAAGAAAAGAUUCACAGCUACCUCGAAAAGCAGAUAGUAACAUUUCUGGAUGGUUCGGUUGAUUUAGAAGAAGUGGAAAGACAACAGCUGAUUUUCCUGCUUGGUGUGAGCAGUUUGCAGCUUUUUGUUCAGAGUAAUUGGACCGGGCCUCUUGUGGACUUGCACCCUCAGGAUUUCCUGCCACCUGUUUUGUUCCAGCAGUUCAGUGAGAUCAAAAGACUGGAUACAGCUGUCCUGAGCCUGCUUGUUCUAGAUGGUGAAUCCAUCUACAGCCUGACCUCGAAGCCUAUCCUACUGUUGCUGGCACGCAUUAUCUUAGUGAAUGUUCGGCACAAACUGGCAGCUGUCCAGAGCCUUCCAUGGUGGACAUUGAGAUAUGUGAAUAUCCAUCAGCAAUUGCUUGAGGAACGUUCACCUCAGCUGUUUUCUCUUGCUGAAAAAUGUAUUGAUCAAGUGGGGAAGCUAGAGAGCCUGUUUGAAGGCGACUCCGGUCGGCUGUUGAGAAUUCAGUUCCAUCUGGAAUGUGCACAUGUGUUUUUACAUUACUAUGAGUACAGAAAAGCAAAAGAUCAGUUCAGUAUUGCUAAAGACUUCAGUCAAUUGCAAAUUGAUUUGACAGGUGCUUUGGGAAAAAGGACACGAUUCCAGGAAAAGUAUGUGGCACAACUAAUUCUGGAUGUCAAAAAAGAAGAGGAUGCCAUUUCCUGUAGUGAGUUCAGCCCAGCACCCACCCCCCAGGAAUAUUUAACCAAGAAUCUUGAGCUCAAUGAUGAUACUGUUCUGAAUGAAAUAAAGUUAGCAGACUGUGAACAGAUUCAGAUGCCUGACCUGUGUGCUGAAGAGCUUGCUGUCGUCCUGGGAGUCUGCACAGAUUUCCAGAAGAAUAACCCAGUUCAUAAACUAACUGAAGAAGAGUUGCUGGCGUUUGCAUCAUGUUUGCUCUCACAACCAAAGUUCUGGGCCAUUCAGACCUCAGCCUUGAUUCUCCGGACAAAACUCGAGCGAGGAAGCACACGGCGAGUGGAACGGGCGCUGAGGCAGACGCAGGCUCUUGCAGAUCAGUUUGAAGAUAAAACGACACCUGCCCUGGAGCGCCUGAAGAUUUUCUACUGCUGUCAGGUGCCGCCUCACUGGGCCAUUCAGCGCCAACUUGCAACUUUGCUCUUUGAGUUGGGAUGCACCAGUUCAGCCCUUCAGAUAUUUGAGAAGCUAGAAAUGUGGGAAGACGUGGUCAUCUGCUACGAAAGGGCCGGGCAGCAUGGGAAGGCAGAAGAAAUCCUUAGGCAGGAGCUGGAGAAAAGAGAAACACCAAGUUUAUAUUGCUUGCUCGGAGACGUCCUGCGAGACCACUCCUGCUACGACAAGGCCUGGGCGCUGUCGCGGCAUCGCAGUGCUCGUGCCCAGCGCUCCAAAGCCCUCCUUCACCUGCGCAACAAGGAGUUCCAGGAAUGCGUGGCAUGCUUUGAGCGCUCCGUGAAGAUUAAUCCCAUGCAGCUUGGAGUCUGGUUUUCUCUGGGCUGUGCCUACUUGGCCUUGGAAGACUACGCGGGCUCAGCAAAGGCGUUUCAGCGUUGUGUGACUCUAGAACCUGAUAAUGCCGAGGCUUGGAACAAUUUAUCAACUUCUUAUAUUCGAUUAAAACAAAAAGUUAAAGCGUUCAGGACUUUACAGGAAGCUCUCAAGUGUAACUAUGAGCACUGGCAGAUCUGGGAAAACUACAUCCUCACCAGCACCGACGUAGGGGAGUUCUCAGAAGCUAUUAAAGCUUACCACCGGCUCUUGGAUUUACGAGACCAAUACAAAGAUGUUCAGGUCCUUAAGAUUCUGGUCAGGGCAGUGGUUAAUGGGGUGACGGAUCGAAGUGGAGGUGUCGCCUCUGGCCUCAGAGGAAAGCUGCAGGAGUUGUUUGGGAGAGUGACAUCCCGAGUGACCAACGAUGGAGAGAUCUGGAGGCUGUAUGCCCAGGUGCACGGGGACGGGCAGAGUGAAAAGCCUGAGGAAAAUGAGAAGGCAUUCCAGUAUCUCUCGAAGGCAUACAAGUGUGACACACAGUCCAGUUGUUGGGAGAAAGAUAUUACAUCAUUUAAGGAAGUUGUUCAAAGAGCCUUAGGACUUGCACAUGUGGCUAUAAAGUGCAGUGAAAACAAAACCAAUCCCCAAGAAGCCGUCCAAGUGCUCUCGUCAGUCCGCCUCAACUUACGGGGCUUGUUAUCUAAAGCAAAGCAAAAUUUUGCAGAUGUGGCCAGUGGAGCGAUCUCCGCAGAGUUGGCAGAGGAGAUGGCAGCUAUGGACUCUGUGGUAGGAGAGCUGCAAGACCUGAGCAACCAGUUUAGAAAUCAGUACUGACCUCUGGAGGCAGUUUCUGGAAAAGGAGCUUCCUCCUUCCUGGACGUCUGUGAGGCCUGUAUGCAUGAAACACAGGAUAUUGGUUUUAAAAAUAAAUUUGGGCUGGAGAGAUGGCUUAGCAGUUAAGGCCCUUGCCUGCGAAACCUAGGGACCCAUGUUCAGUCUCUCUCCAGAUCCCAUGUAAGCCAGACGCACAAAGG